AUGACGGAGGCCCGCUUCACCCGGGGCCAGUCGGCGCUGCUGGAACGGUCCCUGGGGCGCCCCCGGGGGGAGGUGAGCGUCAGCGCCUUCGGCCUCCUCUUCUCGGAGCUGGUCCAGCACUGCCAGAGCCGGGCGGCGUCGGUGGGCGAGCUGCAGGGGGGGCUGGCGGCCCUGGGGCGCUCGGUGGGGGGGCGGGCCCUGGAGGGGCUGGCCUGGCGGGAGAAGGGGGGGUCCGGGGGGGGCGGGGGCCGGCGGGAGACCCGGCUGCUGGGGGCCCUGCUCUUCGUCAAGGGCCCCGUGUGGCGGGGGCUGUUCGGGCGCGAGGCCGAGCGGCUGGAGCAGGCCAACGACGACCCCCGGGUCUACUACCUCAUCGAGCGCGAGCCCCUGCUCAACGCCUACGUGUCCCCCCCCCGGGACCACGCCAGCCUCAACCCGGCCAGCUUCGCCGCCGGCGUGGUGGAGGCCGUGCUGGGCCGCGCCGGCUUCCCGGCCCGGGUCAGCGCCCACUGGCACAAGGGCACCACGCUCAUGAUCAAGUUCGACCAGGCCGUGCUGGCCCGCGAGCGGGCCCUCGAGGGCCGCUGAGCCCCCCGACGGCCACCCCGGGGGCCCCCCAACGUCCACUCGGGGUCCCCUGGCCCCCCCAGGGUCCACCCAAAGUCCACCCUGACUCCCCUGUCCCCCCCCAGGGUCCACCCAAAGUCCACUCUGGUUCCCCAAUGUCCACCCUGGGUCCCUUGUCCCCCCAGGGUCCACCCAACGUCCACUCUGGAUCCCCUGACCCCCCAACGUCCACCCAAUGUCCACCCUGACUCCCCUGUCCCACCCAAUGUCCACCCUGACUCCCCUGUCCACCCCAGGGUCCACCUGACGUCCACUCGGGGUCCCCUGUACUCCCAGAGUCCACCCAACAUCCACUCUGGGUCCCCAAUGUCCCCCCUGGGUCCCCUGUCCCCCCCCAGGGUCCACCCAAUGUCCACCCUGACUCCCCUGUCCACCCCAGGGUCCACCCAAUGUCCACUCUGGGUCCCCAAUGUCCACCCUGACUUUGCUGUCCCCCCCAAGGUCCACCCAACGUCCACUCUGGGUCCCCAAUGUCCACCCUGACUCCGCUGUCCACCCCAGGGUCCACCCAACGUCUGCCCUGAGUCCCCUGUCCCCCCCAAUGUCCACCCAAUGUUCACUCUGGGUCCCCUGUUCCGCCAGAGUCCACCCAACGUCCACCCUGACUCCCCUGUACCCCCCAGGGUUCACCCUGACUCCCCUGUCCCCACCAGAGUCCAUCCCGGGUCCCCUGUUCCCCCCAGGGUCCACCCUGACU